CUCAUAUCGGAUAUUGGAAGAUAUUCAAAAGCCUUUAUGCUUCGAUUUGAAGAAGUAUGUUGUGACUCAAUAUAUUCCACAAAAUGAAUUACUUAAACAAUCUAAGUUUUUAUGCCUAAAAUCAAAAGUCUAAAUGCAAAAGAAAAUGUUCGUAAAUGUUUACAGAGUCAAUAUGAGUCUAUAAAUAUUUGCUGUAAAAAAAAAAUGCAAAAAAAAAAAAUCUAUUUCAACACAAAAUAUACUAUGGUUAAAAUUGGAGAAGUACAAUUUAAUAUACCUAAGUAACAAAUAAUUGACUAAAUAUUAUAUAUUCAAAUUACAUGUCUAAUAAAAAAAUCAUAUAUAUAUAUAUUUAUAUUUAUAUUUAUAUAUAAACUACAAAAUAAUAAAACUAAAAACUAAAAUCUUAAUAAUUCUAUAAAUAUAUAUAUUUAUAUUCUGCAUGACAUGAGCAAUGGAAAAUUACCAAGUAAUAUAAUAUAUCCUAAUGCUAUAUAAACUAGUUAAUAAGGGCUCACGAGUUUGAUUACUCUCUAAACGUUAUCUGCUAAUGAAGAACGGCCAAGAAUGUUCACCGCAAUCACCGGUCAAUAUGAUCACACAUCUUCCUGACGAUUUACUGUUGAAUUGCUUAGCUCGAGUUUCAAGAUUGUAUUACCCGAUCCUCUCCUUAGUUUCCAAGAAAUUUCGCUCUCUCAUUGCAUCGCUUGAGCUUUACCAGACCCGAACACUCUUAGGCCACAGCGAGAGUUGUCUUUAUCUGCACUUAGGUUUCAGUAACGAUUCUAAGUUAGACCCACGUUGGUUCACUCUAUGCAAAAGACCAACUCGAAUCCCUAGCCCUAACCCUAACCCUAACUUAGGAUGGUUCACUCCAUGUUUUGGACUACGUAGAAUCCUGACGAAGAGGUUGAGCAACAAUCUUAUGGUCCCAGUCCCAACUAGUAAUUUGUCUGCUGUGUAUUGGCCAUAUGGUGCAAUUGGUUCUAAUAUCUACACCAUUGUCGAAUACGAACAUGGUGAAUUCUCGACUGAUAGGGUAUUUUACUUGGACUGUCGGUCUCACACCUGGCACGAAGCUCCAUUCAUGUGGAUGAUCAGAAGCGGCCCACUCAUUCGUGUUCUGGAUGGUAAACUGUAUGUACUGAAAGGUUUUCCCUCGAAUUCGAUUGAGAUUUUCGAUCCAAAAACCCAAUUAUGGGAUUAUGUGAGAUGCCCUAUAGCAGAGAUACUAGGCACGAGGUCUAGUUUAAUCAGCUUCGCCAUAGACGGGGGGUUUUACCUGUAUGGGGAUAAAUGUAUGGUUUACAAGCCCAAGGAAAAUAAAUGGGAUGUCGUAGAGUACGAGACUGGUUUGGUUUGGGCUAGCUUUAGACUUUCUUGUGUGAUAAACAACGUAAUCUACAGUUCUAAACUAUCCAGAGUGCUUAAAUGGUACGACUCCGAGGGGAGAUUGUGGAGAGAUUUGAAGGGUUUGGAUAAACUUCCUAAACUACCAAAGAGUUUUAGUCGUCUCAGGUUGGUAAACUAUGGUGGAAAGAUUGCGGUUUUGUGGGAGAAGAGUGGUGGUGUUUCCUCUAGGGAGAAGAAGAUGAUUUGGUGUGCUGUGAUUGCGGUUGAAAGGCGCAGCGGACAAGAGAUUUAUGGGAAGAUUGAGUGGUGUGAAGUUGUGCUUACCGUCCCCAAGUCAUGUUGUUUAUUGGAGUUUUUUGCUGUUACGGUCUGAUGAAUAAAAAUCAUAUUAGUCGCUUGUUUCAUUUGGUUUUUGAAGAAGAUGAUGGAUUUUUUUUUGUACUGCUUAAAAUGUAAUGCAUAUGAAUACAUAUGGCGCUUCUUACUCUGUUCUAGCUUGUUUCUAUCUUUAUAUGUGCGUAAGUUUCACUUUUAUAUUUCAAUCUGAACAUAAGCUACGUUGGUUCAUGCUAUAAAAUUCAGUAAAAUAGUUGAUUCUUUUAGAGUUAACUUUUCUUUAGUUGUGGUAGACAUGGCAAUAAGUUCGGUAAAGAAUAG